UAUGUGGUUUGGUCACCUGGUGUUAAUCGCUUCAAUACGCUUUUCGAUGAGCAUGACGAUCGACGAUGUCGUCCGGCGCGCGCCAAUCAGUUUUGAUCGACUCUUAGCAUCCCAGUCUCCAGAGCUCCGUUACAAGAUGCUAAUUGCUCCACUCGCGCAACCCUCUGUGAAAAUUUGGACAACGGGCGACGAAAGCAUCGGUCGCGCUUCGCUGUAACCCAAUCAUCACAUCUAGUACGUCGCCGCGAGCGGACCACUACGUUCUUG